AUGAACAGCAGCACUGCAGUUACUGGUGAUCCCUGCUACAACUACACCGCUCUGGAUCAGCCCUGGAGAGCCACUAGAGCAGUCAGCUCAUUUUCCUGUGAUAACUCCUUCACCGGGAACGGCUGGUACCGCCUGCUGUAUUAUGGGAUGAACAUCCGGAUGCCAGAGAGCUGCAUUAAUUAUUUCUGGUGUGGAACUUCUUACCCGUUUUGGCUGAAUGGUUCUCACCCUGAGAUAUCUGAAGGAAUUGUCACUCGUCAGGCCUGUGGGAGUUAUUUUACCUGCUGUGAACAGAAUGUUUCAAUACAAGUUAAAGCGUGUCCAGGAAAUUACUACGUUUACGAGUUCGUCAAACCAAACGUCUGCAAUGCAGCUUAUUGUGCAGAUUUGAAAACCAUCUCUGAAGUCAUUACCCCAAUGAAAAUGAACAGCACAAAAGUACCAGAAUCCUAUAAUCCCUGCUACAACUACACAACUCUGGAUCAGCCCUGGAGAGCCACUAAUCAAACUAGAUUGGGGGUCUGUGAUAACUACUUUAGCUGGAACGGCUGGUACAGACUGCUGUAUCACGGGAUGAACAUCCGGAUGCCAGAGAGCUGCAUGACUUAUUACAGUUGUGGCAGUAAUAUUUCGUUUUGGCUGAAUGGUUCUCACCCUCAGAUAUCAGAUGGAAUUAUCACUCGUCAGGCCUGUGGGAGUUCGAUGAUAGGGUGCUGUGAAAACUCUGUGUCAAUUCGAGUUAAAGCGUGUCCAGAAAAUUACUACGUUUAUGAGUUUGUCAAGCCAGGUUUCUGCUUUUCAGCUUAUUGUGCAGAUGUGAAUUCAAUCACACCAGUCAAUAACUCAAUGAAAGUGAACAGCACAACAGCACCAGCUACUGGUGAUCCCUGCUUCUCCUACACCACUCUGGACCAGCCCUGGAGAGCCACUAAUGGAUCUCAAAUGUCGAUCUGUGACGACAACUUCAACUGGAACGGCUGGUACCGACUGCUGUAUAACGGGAUGAACAUCCGGAUGCCAGAAAGCUGCAUUAAUUAUAACAGAUGUGGCACUUUUGCCACAUUUUGGCUGAAUGGUUCUCACCCUCAGAUAUCAGAUGGAAUUAUCACUCGUCAGGCCUGUGGGAGUUGGAUCAAUAACUGCUGUACAUGGUCUGUAUCAAUUCGACUUAAAGCAUGUAAAGGAAAUUACUACGUUUAUGAGUUUGUCAAACCAAACGUCUGCACUGCAGCUUAUUGUGCAGAUGUGAAUUCCAUCACUCCAAUCACUGACCCAGUAAAAGUGAACAGCACAGCUGCACCAGCUUCUAGUGAUCCCUGCUACAACUACACUGCUCUGGACCAGCCCUGGAGAGCCACUACUGCAGAUGGAUCAUAUGUCGCUGAUAAGUACUUCAGCUGGAACGGCUGGUACCGACUGAUGUAUUAUGGGAUGAACAUCUGGAUGCCAGAGAUCUGCACGACUUACAACAAAUGUGGCACUUCUGUCACCUUUUGGCUGAAUGGUUCUCACCCUCAGAUAUCAGAUGGAAUUAUCUCUCGUCAGGCCUGUGGGAGUUGGACACGUGGAUGCUGUGAAUACUCCGAGUCAAUUCGAGUUAAAGCGUGUUCAGAAAAUUACUACGUUUAUGAGUUUGUCAGUCCAGAUGUCAAAGCAAGCCAAGGCUAUGCAGCUUAUUGUGCAGAUGUGAAUUCUAUCACUCCAAUCACUGAACCAAUGAAAGUGGACAGCACAACAGCAGCAGAAGUGCCUCCGAAUAUCACAGUGUCUGAAGGUUGCCAGGUCAGCUUUACCUCACAAUGUGCAGAAGACCUGUUUAACCAGAUUGAGAACAUCAUUGCUCAGGUUCUCCGAUUAGAGUCCCUUUUAUAG